CAAUAAACUUGUUUUAAAAAAAUAACAUAUCCAAUAGAAAGGGAGGAGAUAUCUAAUCGAUCUUUACCAAAACAAGAUUCGAAGACAGGAGCGAGACAGUGGGGCUCACGUAGUAUUUUAUUUUUUGUAAGAUAAAAUUUCAAACUUUUAUGGUCCCAUAUCAUCUAUCUUUCCUGUUAUAGUAUUUAAUGCUUCAGUCCAUUUUCCCAUUCUGCCUAUGUUUUUUUCUCAUGUUUCGUUUUGUCCUUUUUAUUUUACUUUAUUCCUUGUUCAUCACAGCUCAUUUAAUGUCAAUCGAAAAACUUGAAGUACAUUACUCUUGAGAAACUUCGUCGCUAAUCAGAUAACGGGUUUAUCUGUAUAAACUUCGUACAGAUGUUUUAGUCAAAAAAAUAAAAUAAAAAAACUUCGUACAGAUGCAACAAAAAUGCAAAAGGAAGUAUAUAUAAAAGUUUUCGUCAAAAAAAAAGUAUAUAUAAAAGUUAUUUGUUUCAUUAUCGCUAGCAAACAUUGGCCAACAGCAACAUUAUGUUUUGUUUGUGAUCUUUGGUUCAACAAUAUGGUUCAACGAAUGAUUUCUAACCUGAAGUUUAUAAUGCUUACAUUUGUAACGUUUAAAUCUUUUUGUUGUUAGUCUGAAAGUUGUCAAUGUAAGUUAUAGCUUUUUUGGUUGCGGGGAUUCUAUUGGAAGAGGUUGAGUUUUUGUUUUGAGUUUGAGUCUCCAUUUGUAUGUAACAUCUAUCACCAUGUGGUUAAUUCCAUACUGAAAGAGAUUAUUGAUUCAAGGUGCUAAAUUUCUUUUUUUUUUUGGACAACAGGGGCUAAAUUUCUAUUAGCAAAGAAAACGCUACGUUUUACAUAUUAACAUAUACUAUAUGAAUAUUGAAUUCUCUAGAGACCCGUUCAAAAGUAUAAAACAUCCGAACCACCCCCACCUCUAGACAACACAAUCUUUCAUGCUUUUAAUCAAAUAAUUUAUAUUUCUUAAGUACACCGAACUUUGUUGGGUUUAUUUAAUUAAAAUAGUAAUAGCGUAUGCACUAAACGUUAAAGUAGCCAUGUAUAUAUUAUAAUAAAGCAUAAUUUUAAUAAGUCUCGGUCAUAAUACUAUUUCAAAAACCAUGGUUAGUUGGUUUUCUUCUUUUGUUAAAAGCAAAGAUAAACAAAAAAAAACAAAUUUGCCGAAGAGUUGUUGAUAUAUGGUGUUGUACAAACCCAAGCUUUUAUAGUUUGUAAUAAACAAUAAAAUGAAAGUAGACUCAAUAUUCUCUAAAAAGUAGUCUCUAAAAACGAAAAUAAUAUUCUUUGUGUUUUGCGAGUAUAGAUUUAAAAUUAAACUUAAUUGGUAAAUAUUUGUAUGUAAUCUAUCCUUAUCCAAAGAAAAUAAAAUGAAGUUAAAAGUUAUCACAACACUUCAAAAGUUUAAUAAUAUGGAGGCAAAUCAGUAUAACUGAAUAAUUUGUCAUCUAUAUAAAAUAUGUCAUAAUCACCUCCCUUGUAUAUCAACUUUAUAUCAACAUAUAGUAUAAUACAAUAGUUAGCUCAAUUAUUUUUCUUAUAAUAUCAGCUACCCCCCUUAUAUUGAAUACUCAACAAAGACAAAACACAUAGUUUCUCUAUAUCUUCCUCACCUCACCAGUUUUCUGAAAGCAAGCUCUUACAAUGAUGAGCAAUAAGCGCAUAGAAGCUGUGAAGAUUCUAGUGGUGAUUAUGAUAAUGUUCUCAAGGAGGACUUGUGAAGCCGAGUACUUUAGAAGACACACAUCACCAUCAAGACCAGAACGAUUUUUCAAGGUGAGAAGACCAAAUCCACUUCAUCAUCAUCAUCACCAUAACCAUGGUUUCAUCAAUGAUGAUUAUUAUCCUCCAGAAAGUUUCUCAGGAUUUUUGCCCAAGACAAUGCCAAUUCCACCUUCUGCUCCUUCCAAAAAACACAAUGUCUAUGGUUUACAGAGUACCAAUUCUCAAAGAUAUCCAUGAUCUACCAUCACCAAGAUACUAAGUUACACAUGUUAUGUUUACAUACAUAUUUAAAUAACAUAGAGAUCUAGUUAUGUCUACUUCUUUUUCUCCCCUUUGUUUUUUUUUUUUUUGUCUUCAAGGAAUAGCCACAUUAAGGUCGGGCUAUUUUUGGAUGCCCGCCUAUUUAUUCCAACCCUACUUGUAUUAUAGUUUGGAGAAUUAUGUAUCUUAUGUGCAAACUCAUGAUUGAAUCAUUGUAAUGCAUCA